AUUGCCCGGUUCCUCAUAAAUCUUUAAAAUCACAUAAACCAAAAUAUUAACGUCCGUUUGCAGAAGCAACCAACACCCCUUUCAAAAAAAAAUAUUAAAAAUAAAAAAAAAAUUCCAGCAGCAUCAUUGGCAGGCGCUGGCUGAAAGAAGAGGCAAUGGGAAGCGGAGGAGGAGGAACACGGGAGACGACAGAAAACAUUACUUUGCUCAGAAAUCAUAAAAAGGAAUCAGAUGGGGAUCUCAUCAAGAGAACUGGAAACGUGUACACUGCGGUGGCUCAUAUCAUAACAGCAGUAGUAGGAUCCGGAGUUCUAUCAUUAUCAUGGAGUGUGGCUCAACUAGGUUGGAUUGCUGGCCCUGCCGCUAUUCUCUUCUUUGCAGCAGUCACAUUGGUCCAGGCCACUUUGCUUGCUAAUUGUUACAGAUCUCCUGAUCCUGAGCAUGGCCACAUCAGGAAUAAAUCAUACAUGGGUGCUGUGAAACAAAAUUUAGGUGACAAGAGCCAUUUGGUUUGUUCGUUUCUUCAGCUUACCAACAUGUAUGGUUGUUGCGUAGCGUAUACUAUCACGGCUGCUGCUAGCAUCAGAGGGAUUUGGCAAUCAAGCUGCUAUCGCAGUCAAGGGAACGGCGCUCCCUGUUCUUAUGAAAUUACUUCUUGCACGUUGAUCUUCGGUGUUUCUCAGAUAAUUUUAUCUCAGAUACCUGAUUUUCACAAUAUGGCAUGGUUAUCGGUGGUGGCCGCAUUAAUGUCCUUCUCAUACUCCUUCAUUGGAUGUGGCCUCGGCGUCGCCAAAGUAAUAGGUAACUAGUAAUAUUUUAGCGUUUUAGUUUCGCGCAAUCAAAGUUUGGUAUAUUGCAGUAUUGCUUUUGAGACGCAAAUCUUGGAAACAAUGU